AUGUCAUCUCCUGCAUGUUCUGCUGCAGACAGUGCAACGGUGAUAGAUCAAUUUGAUGAUGUUGAAUCAACCUUGUCAGCCCCAUGCGAGGACCGGACGCUGCUGGACUCGACGGACGAAACUUGGGUACCACCCAAAGGCUUUCUUUGGGUUCAGAUCGCUAUCAUGUCGAAUGUCUUCCUCUCCGGAUUCGAUGGCACCAUCACGGCAUCAGCGUACGCAGUGAUUAGCUCGGAAUUCAACGCCGCCAACACUGCGUCGUGGCUCACAACCUCUUAUCUCAUCACUAGCACCGCCUUUCAACCUCUGUACGGUCGCUUUUCGAAUAUAUUUGGUAGGAGAGUGUCCUUUUUCACCGCCACCAUCACAUUCGUCAUUGGUUGUUUGGGUUGUGGUGUUGCGAGGGAUAUUGUCUUGCUGAAUAUGAUGAGGGCUUUGACGGGAAUUGGCGGUGGAGGUCUAAUGACUAUGGCUACAAUCGUCAACUCCGAUCUCAUCCCGUUCCGACGUUGGGAUAUGUACCAGGCUCUGCAAAAUGGCAUGCAUGGCUUCGGCUCAAUCUGUGGUGUGUCUUUUGGUGGCUCGAUUGUCGAUACGAUUGGAUGGAGAUGGUGCUUUUUAGUGCAGGUUCUGUUUCUCUUCACUCUCCCUCUCCUAUUUCAGGUGAUCCUGCUAGACAUGCCUACCACAGCCGGGGCAAGAUUAGCCAUUCCCUCUUUGGCCACUCCGAUUGGCGGUCUGAUCUCUGGCGUCGUCAUGUCCCGCUGGGGCAGAUUGGCAUACCUUGUGCGUGCAGGGUGCUUACUGAUGUGCAUUGGAAAUCUGCUCGUGAUGUCUAUCCAAUUCCACGAUGCUGGGUGGAAAUACCUCACCUACGUGAUUCCAGCCAGUCUUGGCCAGGGGAUUGUCUACCCCGGAAUCUUGUUUACGUUUCUCGCUGCAUUUGACCACACCGAUCACGCGGUGUCUGCAUCCACUGUCUACCUGAUUCGGUCUCUAGGGACUGUCUGGGGCGUUGCCAUUACUUCAACCAUUAUUCAAAAUACCUUACGCUCAGGCCUUUCGAAGGCCUUGAGUGGAAUACCAGACAAACAGAAAGUAACACCCCUCAAAUGGAGCAUCAGUGAGACAUGA